AUGGAAGAUGCUGAGCAGGACCAAAGCAACCAGGUUGCACUUAAAAUAGGGUUGAUUGGUGACUCCCAGAUAGGUAAAACAUCACUCAUGGUCAAAUAUGUGGAAGGAUCAUUUGACGAAGACUAUAUUCAGACUCUAGGAGUCAAUUUCAUGGACAAGAAAAUACAAAUACGCAGCACUACAAUUACAUUCUCUAUAUGGGAUCUCGGGGGCCAGAAGGAAUUCAUUAACAUGUUACCAUUAGUAUCAAAUGAUGCUGUGGCAAUUCUCUUCAUGUUUGAUCUAACGAGGAAGUCUACAUUAAAUUCUAUCAAGGAGUGGUAUCGCCAAGUAAGAGGCUUCAACAAGUCUGCAAUACCUUUUCUCGUGGGAACAAAGUACGACCAGUUUAUAGAUUUGCCAUAUCAGGAUCAAUUGGAGAUUACUAAACAAGCAAAGAAAUUUGGAGCCGCUAUGAAAGCCCCAGUUAUAUUUUGUUCUACUAGUCAUUCCAUAAAUGUGCAAAAGAUAUUCAAAGUGAUACUUGCUAAGGCAUUUGAUUUAAAACUAAGCUUACCCGAGAUCGUGAACAUAGGCGAGCCAAUACUUUUGUAUAAGUAG